AUGUCUUCAGGCGACGGCCCGCCGCCGCUCUCACUGCGGCCGUUCCCCGUUGCCGACCAAAAGCCCAAGAAUCUCGCCGAGUUCAUCGCUCGGGUCAACGCUCAGCCUGGGGGCUUCCGCUCCGUAACAGAAGAAAAACUCCGCGAAGAUCUGAAAAACAGCGAAAGUUCCGAUGGAGCGGCCGAUCACGAUGAGGACAUGUCCGAGGCUGGGGCGGAGAACGAAGUUGCAGAGAAGGAUCCCAACGUUGCGCGCAUGGAGGUCUUGAAGAACAUCGAUAUAGCCGGUAACAUCGCUCUAUUGACCCUCGACUCCAUGUCCCUUCUCCUCUCCAAGCAGAACCCGACGCAGGCUGGCUUGACCCUAUCGCAGCAGCUUCGCGACAUGGUCGGAAUUGGUACUCUCGGCGCGGACAGGCUCAAUGACUCCAAUUCCACACCAGCCAAGACAAAAGAUCAAGAAGCGAUCGCUAUGGGAUGGACCAUUAUGGAAAUCAACAAGACCAGGGAUUCCGCAGAAGAAGCCGCUGCAUUCUUGGAAAAGGAGAUUAGUGCAGAGAGCAAAUACUGGGAAGACAUCAUUUCAGUCAGGAAAGCUGGCUGGUCCGUAUGCAAGGUUCCGCAGGAGAGGCAUACCUUGGGCGUUAAAUUUGGCUUUUCGGAGGCCGCUCCCGAAUUCAAGAAUAAUGGCUUAGCGCCAAUGAGACGCGGCGACAAUAGCUCAACAGAUCUCGAUUUUGGUCGGCUAGGCGGCGUAUCGGAAGCUCUUGUCGUGACAUACGAACGAGAUGGCAAGAUUAUUGGGCGGUCCACUACACGAUCAGCCUCUGAGGAUGGCUCGCUAGAGUCCCGCGUUCUAGAAGCACGCAACACCAUCUUCUCACAAGAACUUUGGCAUGAACUUACCAAAGAGUCGCGGUCACUAGCCGCCUACGAUGUCAAGCCUGAAGGGAAAAAAUUGACAUGCCAAGCCGACGACGCAAUGAAAAUCACCUUUGAACUCCUUCCUCUGGAAUCAUGUCCCUCCCAUGACGAGCAUCUUCCAGAGAAUGGCCUGGCGGAAAAGACAUCCAUGGUGUUGCAUAUCCUCCUCAGCUACGCCCAUCGAUAUAAUGAGCUUAUGAGAAUUCGGCCCGUCCCCCCUCACAUCUCCCGCUCCUCUCGCCAGCAGUCCUACGCUCUCCUUCGCCCCAUCCUCGCACGCACAAUGUAUCUAAAGAACAUUGAGGAAUCCAUGCAAUACGUCGGCGCGCUGGUUAAAACCCUUCAAAAGGCCGGCCUCCCCUCUUCGGUCAUCCUACGCACCACGCAAGCGAGUGCGUCCGACCCCAAUUCUCGUGGGCCGAACCAGCUCUCCGCAUCGCAGACUUUGGUCCGCAACCUUUUGCAGACGCAAGACUUUACCCUCGAAAUCACCAUCCUGCCCGAAAUCUCAUUCAUCAUUCGAGCCCGUGCGUUUAGCUUCCCCGUCACGGCUACGUACUACUACAUCCUCCUCCCGCCCUCAUCGCCUCUCCCAACCAUGUGCCCCCCCUGGGCGGAGGGUUAUCCCAGCGUCCAAACUCUGGGCGACUACCUCCGCACCGUCGUCGUCCGCGUCCUCACCAACCACUUCCACGAAGGAGAAGACGCCGGCGAACUAGCUCUGUCUCUCAGCAGCACCGCGGAAAACGGAACUUCCAACACGUGGAAGUGGUCCGUUGGCGGGGCCAGCGAAACCCGCUCCGCGAGGGACGUCAUCAGGUCGCUCGUCGUCGCCGCGCAGGAGCUCGCUUAG